AUGGCAGCCUCGACAGCGACAGCGACACAGGACAUUACCACUGUAUACAGAGCGCGAAACAUUCUAGGCCCUCUCACGACAGCGUUCACCGCGCCACAAGACUGCAACUUUGCCGCUAUACUCGGCGACUCUCUAACCUUGGCUUACAGAGCACAGACCUGCGUCGGUGAGCGUCUAGAAGAUGUUUCAACUUGUUGGCCGCAGGUGACUGCUGCGGCGCCACUCAAUAGGUCUCGUACGGGGUGGGAUAUGCAGUUCCCGAUGGACGUGGGAGAAACGGCCGUUGGUUGUUGUCCGACCGGAGGCAGCUUCGUCUCUACUGGGGAUGCGACAUUUCCGAUCGAAUCUACGAGCACAGAUGUGGAUACUUCGUUGAUUACCUCCGUUAUGAGCCUCGCCGUUGCGGCACCAAUGAUUCAGAUUAACUGGAGGAGUGAGGAUUUGGCCGCUGCUACCUCCUCUCUAUCACCUUCUAGCACAGCCUCGGGCUCAACUUCAGGCGAUUCUAUCCCAGCGAACACUCAACCUGUCUCCUCUUCAAAUACAACCAGUUCCAUCUCACCCGGAGCACUAGCUGGUGCCGUCAUAGGCGGGGUGGUCGGCCUCUUUUCUAUUGCAGCAGCAAUUUUCUUCUUUCUACGACAGCGGAAGACACGUGCCAACAUUAACGAGGAGGCGUUGAAACAGCCACGAAGUGACAAAAUGAAAGGUGCCCGCGAGGGUGUUACUGAGCUGCCACUGUAUCAACGCCCUGUUGAGCUCCAAGGCUCUCGAGAUCCCAGUGAGCUAUCCGGAUAUCAGAGGCCUGUCGAGUUGCCAGUGUCAUGA